UUCCGAUCCCCUUCAACACUCGAACAGCAAUGGAUCGUUGGGCCGGAAAAGUCGCCGUGGUAACUGGAGCGAGCUCAGGAAUCGGUGCCGCGAUUGUCGAGGGCCUCGUCGAGGCCGGAGUUCAGGUCGUGGGACUGGCGAGGCGUUUGGAAAAGCUGCAAGCUUUGGCGGCGAGUCUCGAAGGAACUCCGGGGAAGCUUUACCCGAGAAAGUGCGACGUCCAGAAAGAAGAAGAGCUGCUGGAUGCCUUCAAGUGGGUUAAGGCCGAGCUCGGGGGCGUCGACAUCCUCGUGAACAACGCCGGUGUUAGUAAAUAUAAGAAACUCAUAGAGGAAGACGUCCAUUCCCUUCGUAAUAUUCUUGAAGUGAACGUACUCGCCAUGGCCAUAUCUAUUCGAGAGGCCGUCGCUUCAAUGAAGAGCCGGAAUGUUGAAGGUUACAUAAUCAACAUCAACAGUAUCCUGGGGCACGCAUCUUCCCCGCGAACCAAUUAUCCAACGAGUAUUUACGCGCCUAGUAAAUAUGCCGUCACCGCACUAACCGAAACUGUACGAAAGGAGCUCGCCGCUGACCCAACGAAUAAAAUCAAAAUAACGAGCAUCAGUCCCGGGUUGGUUAAGACAGACAUCAUGCAGGCGUCAGGCGUCCCAAAUGCUGAUAAGUACUUCGAAGCAGCGGCCCACCUUGAACCCAAGAACAUUGCCGACGCUAUGCUAUACGUUCUGGGAACUCGAAGUAUUGUUCAGGUGACAGAAUUGACGAUCUGUCCCGCUGCUAAACAUCUGUCGACAAAAUCGGGCUAGGUAUGCAAAACCAUUAACUAAACGUUAUAUAAUAUUGUACCAUGAAUUGUAAGCUAUUCUCGAUAAUUCAAAGAAUAAAACUGGUUGAAACUUA